CAACCGUUGAGUUCCGAUCCUCGAUGGACGGCGGAGUCUGCACUCAGGAGCCCUCUAUUAAGUCAUCUAUGGUCAUGCCCACUAAGAAAUCUGUCACUUACUCGAGUGACCUUCAGGAUACCCCCGCCAAGCCACCGCUGUACCACAAACAGCCUCCUGCUCUCCCUCCAAAGCCUUUCUCUAGGAUCCCAAACCAUAGCACAGAUUCUUGCCAGCCAAUGAAGUUGCCCUGUAUGCCCGGAGGAAAGCACUCUCCACCUCUGCCUCCCAAGAAAGUGAUGAUUUGUGUGCCUCCAGGGGGGCUGGACUCCCCUUCUCCAUCCCCCAAUAACCUCUGCACUCUACCCCAAAAGUGCGCCCCUCCCCAGGGCAUGCCCAUCCACCACGGCACCCUGCUGCCCUCUCAGCUCGCCGCUCUGUCCAGUCUUCACCAGAGCCACGGUCACCCGCUCCAGCUUCAGUACGGCAGCUUGCACGCGCCCAGCCGCAUCAUCGAGGAGCUCAAUAAAACCCUGGCGCUCUCCAUGCAGAGGUUUGAAAG